AUGAGCGAUCGCUUGCUCGCCGUAACGUGUUCCGUCUACAGCCGUACUUACGGUUGUCACGUUUCGCAUUCCUCGUCGUCAGCGGCGUCCCCUAACGCUAAGGGCCGAGUCGUAUCGCCGGAGUCGUCGUCGACACACCGAGCGCUGCGCUGGCAGCCGCCACCGAACGUACUGUUUUACCUAACAGCCGUGUUGCGGCGUCUUUACCGACAGUUCGAUACUCAAACGUCAAGGGCACUCUUUAAAUACAGUAAAUGUGGUAAGCAUGUUCAUUACAAACAGAUCAAAUCAGUUACAGCCUCAACCAGAGGUGAAGCGGAUUCAAGCGAGGUGGAUGCUGAGAGGAUCAUGCACAUGAACAUGUCUCGGGACGGGAGCGAUACACAAAGAAAAGACACGAGACAUCCCAAAAAUGGAGUUUAA